CAAUCACAUGCCCAACUCAGUGGGCGUGGCGCGGCUCCCAGCGUCUGUGGUAACCGAGUCGGUGGCAAAGGAGAGGGCAAGAGGCAGUGAGAGUUUUCUUUGCAGAUAACAAAUGCAAGAACUACUUGGCUACAACUGCAGAGCCUUGAACCUGGAGCUUUCUCAAAGGAGUUGGCUCUAAAUGAACAUGCUACGUGCUACAUACAGAGUUACUUCUAUUUUUCCCGUGUGAUGACUUGCCCUGAAGCCAAGAGAGGUGGCACAUUACAGGGAAAAUGACUGCUGGUUCAGUGUGUGUUCCUCAGAUCAUACCACUGCGAGUGCCUCAGCCUGGAAAAGCCAACCAUGAAAUUGAUAACAAUACACUUUUGGAAAUGAAAUCAGAUACUCCCGAUGUCAACAUAUAUUAUACCCUGGAUGGCAGCAAGCCUGAAUUUCUAAAGAGAAUUCGUUAUGGUGAAAAUAAUACAUUUAAGUAUACAAAGCCUAUUACUCUGCCUGAUGGAAAAAUACAAGUUAAAGCUAUUGCAGUCUCUAAAGACUGCAGACAGAGUGGCAUUGUAACAAAGGUGUUUCAGGUGGACUGUGAACCACCAAAUACAGUCUCUUCGGAAGAUAGUGUUGAAAAUAUUCUCAAAGAUUCUUCAAAGCAGCUCCAAGGUGGCAGAGAGCAGGUCUUCCAUACUCAAUGCCUUGCACAGGAGCAGGUAGAAGAGGUGGAUUUGAAAAAUGGGUUUGUUGGAUCAAAACUAAGGAAGAAAUCCAAGAAUGCUGAAAAUAAACUGGUUUGGAAUGUUAACCUUAGAAAGUUUCCAGAUCUCAAGGUAGGUGAAAGAACUGAAGCUAAAACAUUGAAAGAUCUUCGCUUCUCAGAGAGUCCCCUGGAAAUUCCAGCUUACCAUGAAGAAUCAGGUUCUAGACCACCCACCCAUCAGUCCCAGUUCUCUAGUUUUGCACACGUAACUGGCCAGAAGAGUUUGACAAGCACGGAGAUCAUGAGAAUUCAAAGGGAGACAGACUUUCUCAAGUGUGCACACUGCCUUGCCCCCCGCCCAUCUGAUCCCUUUGCUCGCUUCUGUCAAGAAUGUGGCUCACCUGUCCCACCCAUAUUUGGCUGUCGUCUCCCACCCCCAGAAGGAGCUCAGAUGGGCUUAUGUGCAGAAUGUGGAAGCUUGGUUCCCAUGAACACGCCAAUCUGUGUGGUGUGUGAGGCUCCUCUUGCUCUACAGUUGCAACCACAGGCCAGCCUCCGCUUGAAGGAGAAACUGAUCUGCCGUACUUGUGGCACGGGGAAUCCUGCUCACCUGAAAUACUGUGUCACCUGUGAGAGGUCCCUGCCUUCACCACAAGAGUCCAUGUGCAGUGGAGAUAAAGCUCCUCCUGUGCCAACUCAGAAAGAGGAGAUGGUUUCCUGCUCCAAAUGUGGUUGCUGGAAUCGCCGGGGUGCUUGCUUCUGCGACUGGUGUGGAGCCACGCCUGGCAUUCCUGCUUGCUACUCUAUUUGCCCUAAAUGUGGGGCCAGCAAUCACCCAUCUGCCCGAUUCUGUGGCUCCUGUGGUAUUUAUAUGAAGUCCUUGGCAAAACUUAGUGUGGACAGCAGGCUGACCCUAGCUACUGGAGAACCUGGCUCUUUUGCUGAGCCCCGAUCUGCCUGGCAGUCCCUAAAUGUUCCUUUGCCCAAACCUGAUGUUAGGGCUAAGAAGGAUAUAGGUACACAGACCACUGGUCUGUUCUACCCAUCUGGCAAGCUACUAGCAAAAAAGGAACUGGAAAUGGCUUCUCAAAAGCAGAGGCAGGAGAAAAUGAGUGACCAUAAACCUCUCCUCACAGCCAUCAGCCCAGGAAGAGGUGAGGAGAAACAUAUGCUUUCUUGUCAGGAGGGAACUCACUCUCUCUGA